AUGCUUUGUUUGUCAACGUCUUUUCAACCACAGGUGACUGUUCCCUUAAGCCACCUCCUCAAUGUACUCCACUCUCUAAAGAGCUCAGUUGGAAGUAGCAGCACCAUUAAUAAAUCAAGACUACACAAUGAGAAUGGUUCUCAAUCUGGACUCCAUUACCCAGAGGUAAUCAAACUGAUUCCCAAUAAUGCACAUUUGCCCCUAUGGAACCUACAAGACCUUGGCCUGUCAGACCUGGGAACGCAGCAGCUUGAUGAAUUGGCACCUAGAGUGUUACCAUAUCCCAAUUUAAAAGAAGCACCAGCCCCAGUAGUUGGUGCUCGGACAAUCUGGCGAACGUCCCACCUUUCUACGGACUCCUUUUUUGUAAACAAGCAUGGGUUUUCUCAUCUUCAAAUGUCAGCCCCAAUUUAUUCCAGGAACAGGCCUUCUCCUCUUCAGUCGGUCUGCACAGACCUGCAACACUGUUCAGUGUGGAUCCAACAUAGAGGCUUUAAAACAUUCAGGAGCAAAGUGAAAAGACUGCAGUCAGCUAUCGAUCGCCCAGUAGAAUCUGAAGGUUUCCCUCCAUCUUUUAUGAAGGGCUUCCUGACACGUGACAAAGGGAUUGAAAUGGACAGCCUUGACAGUCUAUCAAAGAGUGGGAACAUACCUGAUGGACAGCAGGAUGCUUUUAAGAGGGGCUUCGCUGAAGGUUUUCUGAAAGCGCAAACUCUGACGCGACGUACACAAGACUCCCUCAGAAGAAAUCGACUCAUUUUGUUGGUGUUGUUUUUUGUUGGUGUCUAUGGCAUCUCAAAAAUCCCCUUCAUAUCAGUGCGGUUCCGAGCCACGACAGGCCUGGACUCCUCAGUGGAUCCUGUCCAAAUGAAAAAUGUGACUUUUGAGCAUGUCAAAGGUGUUGAGGAAGCAAAAAAUGAGCUGCAGGAAGUGGUUGAAUUUCUGAAGAACCCUCAGAAGUUCACAACCCUAGGAGGGAAACUGCCAAAAGGUGUCCUUCUAGUCGGCCCACCAGGGACUGGAAAGACUUUACUGGCCAGAGCGGUGGCAGGAGAAGCACAUGUUCCAUUUUACUAUGCCUCAGGCUCGGAGUUUGAUGAGAUGUUUGUUGGAGUUGGAGCCAGCCGUAUCAGAAAUCUUUUCAGGGAAGCCAAAGCCAACGCCCCCUGUGUCAUAUUUAUUGAUGAACUGGACAGUGUGGGUGGGAAAAGGAUCGAGUCUCCUAUGCACCCUUAUUCCAGACAGACCAUCAAUCAACUACUUGCUGAAAUGGAUGGUUUCAAGCCAAAUGAAGGGGUAAUUAUUAUUGGAGCCACCAACUUCCCAGAGGCUUUAGAUAAUGCCCUAAUCCGCCCAGGACGAUUUGACAUGCAGGUGACUGUCCCCAAACCAGAUGUAAAAGGACGAACAGAGAUUCUCAAGUGGUACCUCAGAAAGAUUAAAGUGGAUCCAGCCAUAGAGGCAAAGAUUAUUGCACGGGGCACUGUGGGAUUCUCUGGCGCUGAUUUGGAAAAUCUGGUAAACCAGGCAGCCCUGAAGGCAGCAGUAGAUGGUAAAGACAAGGUCACCAUGAAGGAGCUGGAGUUUGCCAAAGACAAAAUCCUCAUGGGUCCUGAGAGAAGGAGCGCUGAAAUCGACAAGAAGAAUAAGAUCAUCACUGCAUACCACGAAUCAGGCCAUGCUAUUGUAGCUUAUUACACCAAAGAUGCCAUGCCCAUCAACAAAGCUACUAUCAUGCCAAGGGGCCCAAGUCUGGGACAUGUGUCAAUGCUGCCAGAGAAUGAUCGCUGGAGUGAAACACGUUCGCAGUUGUUGGCACAGAUGGACGUUAGCAUGGGCGGGCGUGUCGCAGAGGAGAUCAUAUUUGGCCAUGAAUACAUCACAACAGGGGCAUCAAGUGACUUUGACAGUGCCACAAAGAUUGCUAAGAUGAUGGUGACAAGAUUCGGAAUGUGUGACAAGUUAGGUGUGAUGACUUACACAAACAUGACAGAACAAAGCCCGGAGACUCAAGCAGCUGUAGAGCAUGAAAUCAGAGUUUUACUACGGGAAUCUUACGAGCGAGCCAAAGCACUCUUGAGGUCUCAUGCUAAAGAGCACAAGAACCUUGCUGAUGCGCUGCUAUUGUAUGAGACGUUGGAUGCCAAAGAGAUCCAGUUGGUCUUAGAGGGAAAGACUUUGGAGACCAGAUGA